UUUUAUUUCACAUUUUUUUAUUUAUUAUUUUUCUCUUUUCUUCUUUUGAUUUCUCAAGAAUAAUAAUCGAAAAAAAAAAAACUCUUUUUUUUUCUUUUUUUACACGUUCUGGACCUUUCUUUCUUACAUUUGCUCCCUCGACCAACGCAACUCUUAAAGAAAAAAAGAAACUAGUCAUGUCGAACUCGGGAUCGACGGGAUCGUUUACAGAUUCAACUGGGUAUGGUGUAUUGGGAGAAACACUACAAAUUCCCAAUUAUCACUUUAAAGCUGCUCCCAUACCUAGUCUAGCCCAUGGCGAAAAUGUCGAUAUAGUCUUUGGCUACAGAAUCUCGAAUAAAAAACCAGUCGUUGCCAAAGUUUCACCUAAUUCUUUGCGCCUAGAAAGAGAAUAUUAUAUCAUGAAGCGACUAUUUCAAUUGAGCGAUGGAUCUUCGUUUCUAGUUAGACCAUUGGAAUAUGUUCAUUUACCCUCUGGCUUAACAGUGGUCAUUUACGCCGACGAAGGUCAAAACUAUUUAGAAUCGAGACGCCAAUCGGACGAAUCGUCCUCCUUAUCAAAAUAUAACACAGCCUAUUCCGAAAAGAGUUCAAACGGUACAUCGUUGGGCAGUGACAAGGACGAUAAAAGCAAGCGAUUCCACCAUCGCUAUGACAACCAUAUCAUGAACAACAAUAAUACGUACAACGUGGAUUAUUAUUCACAAUCUAUCCCUUCGACCUCUGGUUUACCGACAGCCGGUCCGGUUUAUGAUCUCGGUACCUUUCUUCGAUUUGCCAUCAAGUGCACGGAUUGUUUAGAGUUUAUUCACAAGAACAAUGUGGUACACGGUGAGGUCAGAUUAUCUGCCUUUCAAUGGUCGGGCGAAGAUUCAGCCAGAGUCAAGAUGUGGAAUUUCGGAUCGGGCACAAAGACAUUAGAGACCUAUCUGACCAGCGAAGGAUGGCGAAAGACGGCUAAUAACAAGGAAUCCAUGGUCAUGUUGCAGAACUUACUGGUUUACAUGAGUCCAGAGCAAACCGGAAGAACCACCUACGUACCUGAUCAUCGUUCCGACAUUUACUCUUUGGGCAUUGUCUUUUUUGUGUUACUGACAGGAAGAAACCCAUUUGACGGUGGCCCGCUGGAUAUCUUGAAUGGCAUCCUCAGUCGCAAAAUACCCUUGAUUCACGAAAUACAGUUGGAAGUACCGGAAGUGGUAGCACGCAUCGUAGAAAAAAUGACGAAUAAAUCGCCGGAUGAUAGAUAUAGCAGUGCAUAUGGUAUCAGAGCAGAUUUAAAGGAAUGUUUAAAACGUCUCAAAUUCGCCUCUGAAUCUGCACAAGAGGUCAUCGAAUCCUUUCCUUUAGCUGAACGCGAUGUAGCCUCCGUCUUCACCUUGCCUAAAACUAUUUAUGGCCGUCAAGCAACUAUUGGCGAAAUGACCUACAUCAUUCAACGUGUAGCGGGUGUAUACAAAUCCAUCCGUAGCCGACGCGAAAAGUCACAUUCGACCGGAUCGACGUUACAGACCAUUACCAGCGAUCAUUAUAAUGGGGGAACCGCUAGUGUCAGUGACAGCGGCAUGAGCGACCAUUGCUCUGUGCCUGACUCCAGUAGCUGUCCCGGUGUCGGCCCCGUCUUAAGCGCUGUCAAAUCCAACGCUUCGCCUAGUUACUGCAGUGGAUUUGAAGGAAGCGAUAUCUCCAGUGGCAAUGGUCGUAUUGCCUCCGGUCAUCAUCGUCAAGGUGUGGAGAUUGUGGCUCUUGCGGGUCCCGGUGGGGUUGGCAAAUCCACUGUGUUUGGUGCUGUUCAAAACGUGGCAAGACAACACGGAUAUGUGGCAUCAUGCAAACUAGACUCGAGACACAAGAUUCCAUACAGUUGUAUUUUAAAAUCCUUGUCUCAAAUUCUGCAGCAAAUUCUGUCCGAAUCGGAAGAGGAGAUUCAUGCAUUUUACCUUCAUAUCAAGAACCAUUUGGGGGCACAGUUUUGCAAGAUCGAAUUAUUGGCAGACCUCGUGCCUGAAUUAAAACCCUUAUUGGAUCCCGUUGACAGUGAAGACUCGGAAGAUCCCAUCAAUGUCGUGCAUUUGGAUAAUGUCGAGACACGCAUACGUUUUCAUAACCUCUUUGUUGAAGUCUUUCGUGCCCUCACACAAUGGCGCAUGGUCACCUUGUUUCUCGAUGAUUUACAUUUAGCAGACGACCCUUCACUUGAAUUAAUUGAAAGCAUGGCAGCCUCACGUUUAAAGAUACUGAUCUUUGUAGCUUACCGCGACGGAGAAACCACGCCAGCGUUAGAAAAAUUGCUGAGCAACGACUAUGCCACCUUUCAUCAUAUCAAGGUGGACGCUCUUGAUUUUGACUCGUUAGUUGAUUACAUCGGCGACGCUCUCCACCGUCCACUGGAAGUGGACCGUGAUUCCAUCUUACCCCUCGCUGAUAUUGUCUAUAAAAAGACACGCGGAAACGCCUUUUACACUUCACAGCUGCUGGCCACGCUGGAGAAGAAAAAGAUGAUCUUUUUUAACUGGGAAGAGAACGAAUGGGAUUAUAACUUACAGGACAUUCAGCAAGCCGUGAUGACCAAUGAAGGUGCAGACCGUGAUGCCGAAUUAGAUAUUAGCUUUUUGGUAAACCGUCUCAAGGAACUACCCCUGGACGGUCAAAGGCUUCUCAAAUGGGCUUCAUUUGUAGGCGACACUUUUUCAUGGAACACCGUUAAACAUUUGAUGAUUCAUUCGGAUCCCGAAUCCGAGUUCUCGGAUACAGACACGAUCAUGUCCGAUUCUACCAAUCGUAGUCUGGCAGACAACGAAGACGAGGAUGUCAGUAUGGUCGUUGAGUCCUUACACCCCUUGAUCAAGUUCUCGCAUAACACAGGCAGUACAGGCGGUAGCAACAGUAGUCACAGUGGGAAACGUACCUCAUAUCACGAAGGAGAAUCCGAAUCCUCUUCGCGUAAAAAGAAGGCUCGUGAUCCCAUCAACGGUUUACAGGCGGCACUACAAGAAGGGUAUAUUUUGCCCUUGGAACAGGACGAAUUUAAAUGGUCACAUGAUCGUUAUUCUCAAGCGGCCAUGGAGCUCGCUAACCCCAAAAGUCGAGCCAAGAUCCAUUUACGUAUCGCGCGAUAUCUUUUACAAGAAGACAACGUGGAUAGUUUCCUGGUAUGUGAUCAUUUAUUGAAAUGUCUGAGUCUGGUACAAGAGUUGGAGGAAAGAGCGUGUUUCAAGGAUAUCUUUUAUGAGGCGGGUAACCGUGCGCGUGCGUCAGGUGCGCACAAGAUGGCGUUUGACUAUUACAAGGCGGCUAUCUUGCUACUGGGAUCGGAUACAUGGGAAAAGGAAUACACUACCACGCACUAUCUGUAUUCAAACGCAGUGGCUCUGAGUUGGGUGGUGGGUGAAUAUGAUACGACGGAGGAGUAUUUGGACGCCAUCUUUCAACAUACCACCGACCCCAUGGAUCGUGUUACAGCGUAUCGAAUUCAACACAAGUACUUUUUCGCACGCCAAAUGCAUGAAGAAGGAGCGGAAGCCCUACGACAAUGUCUGAUGGAACUGGAUAUGGAGGAUUUCAUGUACAACAAUACACGCGAGGAACUGGAUAGUGAGUAUGCUACGGUGGUCAAGAUCAUUGACCGACUGACGGUGGAUGACAUGGUCAAGAUGGGGGCCUGUGAUGACGCUAAACUGAAAUCAAUCAUGAGUAUCCUGGAAGAAAUGUGUACAGCGGCGUAUUGGCUCGGUAACCAAACGGAGAUGUUUUACUUGGCUUGUAAGAUGGUACAUCUUUCCCUGGCCAAGGGUAUGACGUCGGUGUCUGGUAUUGCACUUGUAUUUAUGGGUAUGUGUUCAGUGGAGGUGUAUCAUGAGUAUGUGUAUGGCGAGGAGCUAGGAUCGGCGGGUGUAGCCAUCAGCGAGAAAUACGGUGGUAACAAUGAGAAGGGUCGUGCCGGUUUUUUGUACGGUAAUUUUUUACUCAUGUGGAAACAUCACUAUCGCGAAGUCGUACCUCUAUUUCGGUCCACUUUACGACUUUCCCUGUCAGCGGGAGACCGUAUCUAUGCCUCCUUCUCACAUCUGCACAUAGCCACCAGUCUUUAUUAUCUGGGCGAUAAUUUGGCCAAUACCUUGGUAGAAGCCGAGACAUGUUAUGAUGAUAUUCAUGCUUGGUCUUCCUCCGUCGACACCAAUAUUUUAAUCAUGGCGGUGAUUCGUACCAUCAAGGCUCUCCAGGGUCAUACCUACAAUACAUCUCCCUUUGAAAUAUUUGAUGGCGAUGAUGGGUUUAACGAUAUUCACUUCAUCUCGGAAAGCUGUAAACAAAGUUCCAACUUAAACGUGCCCUUGAACUGGUACGAUUCUUUCCGUCUGGUCCCUCUCGUGCUCUACGGUCAUUAUGAGCAUGCUAUUGCAGUAGGUUAUAUGUGUAUUCGCGGUAUCCAUAACCAUCCUUGUCAUCGGCACACGCGUAUGAUGCUUACCUAUCAUUCCUUGGCCAUCAUUGAGAAACUCCGCUGUGAGGAGGAUCUGGACAGCGAAGAACGCGAUGUGUAUAUGAAGCGUGUUGAGGCUAAUCAAGUACGUAUGGAAGAAUGGGUCAAGUAUUCCAAAGUGAAUUUUAGCAUGUGGUAUACCCUUAUUGAAGCUGAAAUAUCAUCCCUGUCCAACGACAUGGCUAAAACCAUCCAGUUGUAUGAGAAGGCCAUUGAUCAAUGCCGUGAGGGAGAUUGGUACAUUGAUUUAUGUGUGUGUCAUGAAUAUGCUGGUGGAUACUAUGCACGUAUGGGAUUGAAAAACGCUGCGUAUGGAUUAUUGAAAAAGGCGCAAAAUCUAUAUGUGAAUCAUGGGUCAUAUGGUAAAGCCAAUCAUUUGGCCUUGAAAUACAGUGCCUUGUUAAGUGAAUAUGAAGACGAUCGCAUUGAUUCUCAUGAUACGGGAAUACAAACGGAUCCUUUCCCCUUUUUGGGUCCCCAGGGAAGUUGGAGUACGUCCUCUAUGGGUCAAGUAAACACGAUCAAUGAACCCUUUGUCUCUGAAACCAUCCCGCCCGUGACCACCGAACAAACUCUCCUGACAUUGGAUAUCCUGGAUAUGGCCUCUAUUCUCAAGAGUUCACAGGUGAUUUCGUCUGAAGUGAAAUUUGAUAGUUUAUUAAAAUCGGUGAUGGCUAUUAUCUUGGAGAACUCGGGUGCGGAUUGUGGUGCUAUUAUUGUCAAGGAAGAGAAAUACGGCAUGUGUGCUUAUGGAAGUCAAUCGGAUGGAUCCAUGACGUUUGACCCCCCACGACCUUUAGCGGAUGAUGAUGGAUUGGUCUCCAGUCGUAUUGUGCACCAUACGAUCAAUACGGGUGAAAGCAUCUUUAUUCAUAACGUCGAUCAAGAUCCACGGUUUGCAGUGGGACCCUGGUAUGAACGUGUAGGAAGUAAAUCGGUGAUCUGUAUGCCGAUUAUCCAUAAGAGUGCAUUGGUGGGUUGUUUAUUUAUCGAAGGAUCCUCUGGUAUUUUCACACAACGUCAUAUCACGGUGUUGAGCCUACUCUGUCAACAAAUGGGCAUUUCCAUCACCAACGCCUUUUUGUUCAAAUCUGUGCAACGUGUGACGAUGGCCAACAUGCGCAUGAUCGAGAUGCAAAAACAAGCGUUGGAGGAAGCGCGACGAAGUAAAGAAGCAGCGGUACGCGCCACAAGAUUACGCGAGAUCUUCCUCGCUAACAUGAGUCAUGAGAUUCGAACCCCCUUUUCCGGUUUCUACGGCAUGAUUUCCUUGCUGGCUGAAACAUCCUUGGAUAACGAACAACGUGAUCUGGUCAAGACGGCUAAAGAAUCGUGUGAAAUCCUGUUACAGAUCAUUGAUGAUUUGCUCAACUUUUCCAAGUUACAAGCGGGUAAAGUCACACUGGAUAUCUCGCCCAUUGUGGUGGAGGAUAUCAUUGCCGAUGUGGUGGAGAUGCUGAUUGCCAUGGCCAUUCAAAAGGGCAUUAAUAUCUCCUAUAUCGUGGAAGAAAAUGUACCACCCGUGGUGAUGGCAGAUGGGAAUAGGAUACGUCAGGUGAUUAUCAAUCUGUUGGGGAACGCCAUUAAAUUCACACACGAGGGAGAGAUCCGUAUCAAAUGCUCCUUGGAUACCACCACGGUGAUCAAUAACAGUAAAGGAGAUCAAGUCAACCUGUUGUUUGAGGUGAUUGAUACGGGUAUUGGCAUCAGUCAAGAACAACGCAAAGUGCUGUUUGAACCGUUCUCACAAGUGGAUGGCAGUACGACACGUAAAUACGGUGGUACAGGACUUGGAUUAUCCAUCUGCCUACAAUUGGUACAAUUAAUGUCCGGAACGAUUAACGUCUCAAGUGUGCCUGGGAAAGGUUCUGAUUUUUACUUCAGUAUCCAAGUUUCUAAACUCCGUACACAGCAAAUCAAGGGUUUACAGACGGAGUCUUACCGCGAUGAUCGUAAACAACUUUUGCAGUGUAUUCAGGGUAUUCGUGUGUUGGUGAUAUCCAAGUACGCGGCAACGAUUGACAUGGUACGAAGUAUUUUACCGGGUAUCCACGUGGAUGGCGUACUUCAGAUUGAAGAAUUUAAUGGAUUAGUCAGGCAACACAAGUACGAUGUGAUUAUUGUUGGACUGUUUACCAAUCAAGACAUGUCGGCCAACGCUUCGUCCACCUGGUUAGAGGAUGCUAGCAAAUUGAAUCGGGAUGGAUUGAUCAUCAUUAUGAAUUAUCCUGCGGGGGGUAUUUUAAAUACCGUCAAUGAACCUGUGUCUAAUGAAAAGAUGCACUGUAAAUCGAUACGUAUGGCAGUUCCUUUGCGUCGCAUAAAGCUCUUGGGUACCAUUGCCGAAAUGUUGAAAAGGGUGACGCCUGUUAACAAGGAAAGUACACGAACUAGAGCUGUUCAACUGAUCACGGAAGAAGAAAGAAAGUUAUUUAGUACAAUGAACAUUUUAAUUGCUGAAGACAAUCCUGUUGCACAGAAACUACUGCUAAAACAACUUACCCGACUGGGCUUCCAAGUGGAGUGCGCCAACAAUGGUCUAGAAGCGGUGAAUGCAUGGAGUAACCAUCCCAUUGGAUUUUUUGUCAUGGCCUUUUUUGAUCAUCACAUGCCCAAGGUAAAGCACUUUUUCCUAUUAUAUUUAACAAGUAUAUAUAACUGACAUAUAUAAAUUUAUUUUUGUUUAAAAAGUGCGAUGGUGUGGCAGCGACGAAACGAAUCCGAGAAAUUGAAAGGGAAGAAGAACGCAGUGUUAGAUUUCCGAUUGUUGCAUUGACAGCAGAUGUACAAGAGAGUGCAAAGAAGGUGUGUAUGGCUGCAGGUAUGGAUGGGUAUCUGACAAAGCCACUGAACCAAAAGAUUUUGGCUGAAGCCUUGAGAAAGUAUUGUCAACGUACGCCCAUGAUUGAAUCAUUGGCUAUUACAGAUAAAUGAUGUCAACCCUCUUUUAUUAUUAUUUAAUUAUUGUCUCAUAACCACAACAACCAUCCUAUUUAUAUUACCCCCCCCUCCCUUUUUUAAAACACACACUCUUUUUCAAAAAAAAAAAAUCUUUUUUGUACAGAAUUAAUAAUUAAAGUAUUUACACAUAGAAUAAAAAGAGAGGC